AUGCAGCCACCACUAGAGAAUGAGUCCAUUGUCUUAGUAUUUACACUUUCUGGACUAAAUGAAACCAUGACAAACAGAUUUGUGUUUUCCUUGACUGCAUUGUAUUAUCCAUUAAUUGUGUUUUGUAAUGUGACCAUAAUUUACACUGUAAUCUCACAUAAGAAACUUCAUGAGCCAAUGUAUGUGUUUAUAUGCAAUUUGUGUAUGAAUGGACUUUAUGGCACAGCUGGAUUCUACCCUAAAUUCCUGUAUGAUUUAUUAUCCCAUUAUCACAUGAUUUCUUAUGCUGGAUGUUUGUUUCAGAUAUUUGUAAUUUAUUCAUCUGUUAUGUGUGACAUUUCAACAUUAACAGUGAUGGCAUAUGACAGGUAUGUGGCAAUAUGCAGACCACUGGAGUAUCAUUCCAUAAUGACUAGUCGGAGGAUUCUUCAAUGCAUCCUCUUCUGCUGGCUGACUCCAUUUUUUUGCAUGUGUGUUUCAGUUGUAUUAACAUCAAGGCUAACCUUAUGUGGCUCUAGCAUUGAAAAAUUAUAUUGUGAAAACUGGUCAGUUGUUAAACUCUCUUGUUUUUCUACAACAGUAAAUAAUGUGAUUGGGUAUGUAAUUAUUAUUAUAUAUUUUGGACAUGCAGUAUUGAUAUUUUGCUCUUACAUACACUUGAUUGGAAAAUGCAAAAAGUCAACAGAGGGCAGAAACAAAUUCAUGCAAACUUGUGUACCACAUCUGCUUGCGCUUAUCAAUGUGACUGUUGCUUUGCUUUUUGAUGUGCUGUACACUCGGUAUGGUUCUAAAAGCUUGCCACAAGAUUUGCGGAAUUUCAUGGCUCUAGAAUUUUUAAUAAUUCCUCCCAUAUUAAACCCCCUUAUUUAUGGACUAAAUCUGACAAAACUGCGGAAAGAAGUAAUGAGACUUUUUUCAGACAGGGCUUGCCGUCUAGGAGGAGUGGAGAUUGGGAUGGUGGAGGGAUGCUAUGAACAAGAUAUCAAGCUUGCCGAUGAGCCUCAGGGACCCGAUAGGGCCAUAGCGGACGAUAACUCCGGGUACCGUAUGGAUCUUGUGCUUGAUGACUUGGGUCCUCCCGGGGCACGAAGAGAACACAUCAGAGAACUGACCGACCAGGUGCUGGAGCUCCCCCUUCUGGGCAGCCGAGAGGUGGGGGUUGAUGUCCACAACCACAGGAUCGGUAGACGCAAGGGCAUUGAGCUGGUCCUUGUUCCCUCUCCACUUCUUUAG